AUGAUACACAAGCUCAAGGCCAUUCUCAAAAGCCAUGACACAGUUUCCACGACGGGAAAGCCACCCGUCGACCCCGACGAACCCCAGCUCGAAAACGGCCUGUGCCAGACCAGCUCCGUCUUUGGUCCUGCCGAGGCCCAGCCCGACACCUCGUACCCCGAGGGCGGGCGCGCCGCCACCGUCGUGCUCCUCGGCAGCUUCUGCGCCCUGGCCGGCGGCCUCGGGCUCAUGAACAGCAUGGGCGUCUACGCCGCGUGGAUCGGCUCCCACCAGCUCGCCGCCACGGCCAGCCCCGGCCGCGUCGCCUGGAUCUUUGGCAUCUACAACUUUGCCGUCUUCUUUUGCGGCUUGCAGGUCGGCCCCGUCUUUGACGCCCGCGGCCCGCGGGGCCUCUUGGCCGCCGCGCUGUUGCUCUACGCCGCCGCCUUUGCCGCCCUCGGCUUCUGCCGCGCGUACUGGCACUUUAUCCUCGUCGUCGGCGUCGUGGCCGGCGUUGCAACCUCGAUUGUCUUUGUCGUGCCCGUCGCGACGAUUGGCCAGUAUUACUGCCGGCGCCGCGCCGCGGCCACGGGGCUCGCCAUGUCGGGCGGUAGCCUCGGCGGCGUCGUCUUUCCGCUGCUGUUUACCCACCUCUGCGAGCGGUUCGGCUUCGCGUGGGCGACGCGCGUGAUUGGCGCGGUGACGGUGGUGCUGCUGCUCGUGGGCUGCGUGACGGUGCGGCGCCGCGACGUGUUUGCGGACGCGCCGGGUACGGCGGGCAGGAGCCUUCUCCCGGACCUGCGCGUGCUGCUGCGCCUACCGGUGCUACUCAUGACGGCGGGCGUCUUCUUUAUCGAAUGGGGCUUCUUCAUCGGCCUCGAGUACGUGGCGUCGUAUGCGCUCGCGCACGGCGCGGGCCGCAAGCUGUCCAAUCUCAUGAUUGUGUUUCUCAACGCCGGUUCCUUUCCCGGCCGCUGGCUGCCCGGCAUCCUGGCCGACCGCUUCGGCCGCCUCAACACGAUGAUUCUGACUAACCUGCUGUGCAUUACGGCCAUGUUUGCCAUCUGGCUGCCGGCCCAGGAUAGCGUGGCCGCCAUUAUUCUGUUUUCCGUCGUGUUUGGCUUUGCGAGCGGCAGCAACAUUAGUCUGGUGCCCGUGUGCGUGGGCGAGUACUGCACGACGGACAAUUAUGGCCGCUAUUACACAACCGUGUAUACGGUUGUGAGCUUUGGUGCGCUUACCGGCGUUCCCAUUGCCGGGCAAAUUCUGCAAAGCAGCGAUGGCUCAUACACUGGACUCAUCAUUUUCGCCGGUGCUGCAUAUGUUGCCGGGACGGUCUGUUUCUCGGCCAUAUGGGUAAUGAAUCGGAUUCGGUAUAAAGACGGCAAGGCCUAG